GCGCAAUCACAGUCACAACAAAUGCGCAUCAAGCUGAGCUCAGAGAGGCAGAUUCUCAGAAGUAAAAGGGAAACUACAGGAGGCGGAAAGGGCCGUUCUGUUUAGCGGCUAACGGGACUGUUUGUGCUUCUCUCUGUCUUCUCAAUGCAAUAUGACCCAAUGAAAGGAGUGAAGUAGCUGCAGUAUAUCCAGACUACCAGACUCUCUGAGCAGCGGGGAUUUCACCCUGGACAACAUGACAGCUCCAAUGUUCCCCGGGCAGAAGAUGUCUCCGGCCAAAGCCAUGACCAUGAAGGACUACGAAAAUCAAAUUACAGCUCUGAAGAAAGAGAACUUUAACCUGAAGCUGCGGAUCUACUUCUUGGAGGAGCGCGUACAGCAGAAAUGUGAUGAUUCUACGGAGGACAUCUACAAAACGAACAUCGAGUUAAAGGUAGAGGUGGAGUCUAUGAAGAGAGAGCUUGCAGAGAAGCAGGAGCUGCUGGUGUCAGCAUCGAAAGCUCUGGAGAGUUUAGCCAGUAGAGAUUCAGGGGAAGGCUUUAGGGAGCGCGCUCAAAGAGAGAUGGAUGCACUCAAAGAAGCUUUCAACACCAAGUUCAGAGAAUUGGAGGAGUCUCUUCGCUGUGCAGAGGAAGAAGUAGAGAAAAUGGCUUCCAUUGCUGAGCAGGAGAAGCUGAGGAGUCUAGGUUUGGAGAAAGAGCUUCAAGCUGCCAGCCAAUCAGGACCCACCCGUGACCCUGGCUCCACUCCUGGGCAGAUCCAUGAGCUCCAGCGGGCUCUGCAUGAGAAGGAUCGUGAGAUUGAGCGCCUUCAGGACUCAAUCAAAAACCAAGACACUCUGAUUGGAGAACUUCAGCAGAAGUGCCCAGAUAAGCCAGUUGUGGAGCAGAUGGUACAGCUCAACAAUCUGAUUGGCCAAAAGGAUGGGGAACUACAGGCUCUGAAAGACGAGCUGGAUCAUGAGAGAGGGAAAGCAGAGAAAGAAAACCAGGUGUGUGUAGCGAAGGAGGGUGAGGUGAACAGGCUGCAGCAGAUGACCAGGCAGCUGACUGAAGAGCUUAACUCCACCAAGACCAGCAGCCAGACGCUUAAACAGAGACUGGAAGAGAUGGACAGAGAAAUCAAGACUCUUUCAGCACAGCUGGAGGAGCGAGACAGUGAGCUGGCUGCAGAGAAGAGAAACUCUCUGAAAAGAGACAAAACCAUCCAGGGCCUCAGCCUCCUGCUCAAAGAAAAAGAGAAAGAGGUGGAGGAGUUGUAUGGGAAUUUGGAGGAGAAGGAUCAGGCUUUAGCUAAGGCGAGAGAAGCUUUUCAUAAAGCUCAACUACAGAAGUACCAGGGAGCUGAGGAGCAGCAGGCCCUGUUGUUGUCCCAGCAGGCAGAGUUGUCACGGCUCCAAGCAGAGGCCCACUCUUCUCUGCUGGAGGCCCAGAGACUGCAGCGUUUGCUGAGCAGCAGAGAUGCUGAGCUGGCCCUCCUCCAGCAGGACAAACUGCAACUGGAGCAGGAGCUUGAACUGCUUCAGCAACAGAAGAGGAAAGCAGACAAGACCAUCAAUGACCUGCAGAAUCAGCUGAAGAAGCUCAGUGGAGAGCUGGCAGACCGGGAGAACAGUCUAGAACAUCAGCAGCUAGAACAACAAGAGCGUGCUCAUGCAACAGAAAACAAGCUGCAGACAACUAUACAACAUCUGACCACCAGUCUCACACACAAAGACCAGCAACUGCAGGACUACAUGAACAUGGUGCGGGAUUUGGAGCAGGACCGAGCUCCAGGAGGAAGUGAUGCCAUGCUGGUCAAGCUGAGGGAGAGGCUGAGAGAGAAGGAGAAGGCUCUGGAGAAAGCACUAGAUGAAAAGUUUGCAGCUGUGGAGGAGAAGGAAAAUGAGAUUCAUCUGCUGCAGUUGAAUGUGAGAGAGAAGGAGAGAGACUUGGAGCGCCUCAACAACUUGCUCACACACAAUGAAGAAACCAUCAAUAGCUUUGAUGCUUUACUGAAGGAGAAAGACGUUGAGUUGCAGCAGCUGCUGAACUCUCUGAAGAAUGUGCAGCGCUCCAAACAGGAGAGUGAGGACAACCUGCAGAGAGCUCUCAGAGAGAAAGACUCCAUCAUCCAGCACCUACAGCACGCUCUGGAGCUCAAGACUAAAGACAUGGAGGAGAUGGCCAACACAGUUCUUAGUCAGUCAGAGUCUCAGGGGCGUGACCUGGUGGAGCAGAUGAAUCAAAGGAUAAAGGUGACGGAGGUGAUGUUAACGGAGGCAAUGAAGGACAGAGAGAGGCUGGUGUGUGAUAACCAGACUGCUGUAGAGAAACUGCUUGCCACCAUUAACAGCAAAGACCAGCUGCUGAAGGAGUGUGCAGAGCGUCAUGCGCAGGCUCUGUCCGAAGGGGCUGCAGAACUGCAGAAUCUGCGCAGUCAGCUCACAGACGCCCAGCUGCAGCUCAGCAGCACCCAGAAACUCAGCAGCAUGGCAACACAGGACGCCUCCUUAGAGACGGCUCAACUCCGUGCUGCACUGGCAGAGAAGGACGCAGUCAUCAGUAAGCUGUUGGAGCGUGGCCAGGAAAGAGAUCGUUACAUGGCUGAGGUAAAGGUGGGUGAGACUCCACCCCCUCAGGUGUUAGAGCUCAGACAGACCAUCCAGGUUCUGCAGGAGAGACUGGAGGAGAAGGAGGCCGAGCUGUCACGGCGGAACAGUGAGGAGAACCUGGAGAAAUCUCUCCCUGCCAGUAAGAAAUCUGCUGUAAUACUGAAGAAGGAGCUUGCCCAGAAAACAGAUGCUCUCAACAGCGCUCUGAAGAGAGAGAACCAGCUCAAGAUGUCUCUAGCUGAGCUGCAGUCUAUGGUCUCUGAGCUUGAGGGCCAGCUGGAGGGUCAGAAAGCCAACAUUGAGUCUCUCACAUCCACACUCAAUACUAAAGAGGAAAUUAUUGCUGAGCUACAGCAGCGUUUGGUCCAGAGAGGGGAGAACCGGCUGGCUGCAGCUAGGGACCACCUCUUACAGCCUGGAGAGGAACACAGCUUCCCCUCCCUUCCCCAGAGAGAGAGAACCCUCAUUGGGGGAGACAGCCAGCAGGAGGCGAUACCAUCUGUGGUCGAUCUGCGUUUGGAGCAGGCAGAGCUAAACCGCAUCCUGAGGGCAGAGCAGCAGCUCUAUUCCAAUCUGGUCAGAGCGGUUAAAGAGCAGGACAGUGCCCAGCGGUUACAGGCUUUGCAACUGGAGUUGGCGGCGCUGACUCUCCUCAGACAGCAGCUGGAGGACGGGAUCCGCUGCAAUGAGGAGCUCAGAGAGCAGCUGCACAGAGAGAUCCAAAGAGCCAAUCAGAGAGAAGGUGCUGAUCCUGCAGAGCUGGAAAGUAUGCGUGAUGCUCUGGAAGAAGCUCAGCGCUGGAAUGCAUCCCUACAGGCCAGACUGGGUCAGAUCCAGAGCAGAGGCGGGGGAGUGGGACAGGCCAAUGACUCAGUAGACACGCUGAGUCUGAUUGGUGAGCAGACCUCCUAUAUGAGUAUAUGUGUAGGAGAGGGACUGGAGGAGGAGCUGUCUGUGGAACAACUCAGACUGAAGGUCUCAGAGCUGCAGGCUUUGAAUGUAGAGCUCCAGAGGAAAUUGGCAAUGACAGAAAGGGGUGUUGUGGGUAAUGUUGAGGGAGCAUCUGACCUUGUUGACCUUUCAUCUCCCAGCAAGCAACCACAGGGACUGGGCAGACCUCUAGCCACUAAUGCUGACGAGAAGCCAACUGGCCCUGAUGUAAAGGAAAAGAUUAAUGAAAGGGACCAAAGUCCUGAAGAUCAAAGCGAGAUUGUGAGUUCUUUAGCUCAGCCUCUGACAGAAAGAGGAGACAGCCCACACGCUCCAGAACAACAAGGUGGUGAUGACGAGCAGGCGGAACUCGCGUCCUUACUUAUAGACUGUGGAGCAGGGUCUAUUUCUCAGCUCAGGGAGCAGGUAGCUAAACUGCGUUUGGAGGCUUCUGAGCUCCGUGGGCUUCUGAAAGAAGAAAACUCUGCCGAGUCCAAAGAGAGUGCAGAAAGCUCUGGAGAGAGCGACAGUCAUACUGACCUUCACCAAACUGUGCGGACACUCCGAUCUGAAGCCCGGAGUCACCGGAAGGUCAUUCGGCUGCUGAAGGAACAAGUGCAGAGGAACACGGCAGCAGCAGCGGGUGGUGGGACAGGGUUUGACCCAGAACUGAUUGUCAGCAUGGCUCGUGAGAUGGAGCGUCUUAGAGCAGAGAACGAAGCCUCGCGGAAACAUGCCCUCAGCCUGGAGGACAGGCUAAAGGAGAAAGACAGAGAGAGGAACGAGGGCAGAGAACAGGAGGAAGAAAAAGAAAGAAAAGAGAAAGGGAGACAAGGCCAAAGCGUCAAGCUGACCAAAGGCCAGAAGCAUCAAAUGGCGAGACAUGCAGCAUACGUGAGGUCCCGGCUGCCAGUCCCAGUGAGGCCUACAAAGCAGACAGACAGACGAGAGUUGACUGAUCAUGAUGCAGAGGAAAGUACUGAGUACCAGAGUGGGACAGACUCUGACCAGCCAAAUCUCAGCAGCAGACGCCUCAAAGGGGCAGAAGUUCAGAGUUCUCCGUGCAGCAGCUCAGAGGCCCUAUGGAGCUCAGAGAGCAAACAAAACAUGUACCCAGAGGCAGCUCAGAACCCUUUUGCCAAACCGAAUGCGGAUAAGGUGCCUGAGGUUCAGGAAUCAGAACUCCUGACCCAGCUUGAGCUACUGAACCAGGAGUGCCAGGAGAAGGAGGAGCUCAUCUCCCGACUUCAACUCCAGAUGAAGGAUUGGGAGAGGCUAGAAGCAGAGCUUCAGAAGAGGGACACGCUGAACAGCCAAUACCGGGAAGCCCUAGAGGCUGCAGAGUCCACUAUUGCAUACCUUACAGCCUGUAGUUUAGACACUGAAAGUGGACUGGGCCAGUCUGGAUCAGGUUCAGAUUCGUCACUGCAGCGGCAGUGUGAGGCGCUUCAGAGAGCUGUGCAGGAGAAAGACCAGCUUAACGCUCAGCUACUAGAGUGCUUAAACACAGCCGAGUCUGCCAUCGCUUCAUUGACCACAUCUGAUCGACCUGAAAGCCCAUCUCGUCUUUCCUCCGGUCAGGGUGACCCACAAGAGUUAUGUGACAGGCUUGAGGGUCUGCUCAAUCAGAUUAAGGCCUUGCAGGAGCAUAAAGAUGCCUCCACAGGAGCUGCAGAGAAAUUGAGUUGCCCUGACGAAGGUUCUGCAGUGGAGUCAGACUUGCAACGCCAAGCAGAGUCCCUGCAAGAGUCACUGCUGCGGCAGUGCAGGUUGAAUGCAGAGCUGCAAGAAAAGCUACGAUCUGCAGAGGAAAUUAUCACCAAAUUGAGUGCUAAUGCCAACACUCCAAAGCAGAGUAGCAUUGCUAAAGGCCUGGAAGAAGAGGAGGUACUUGAAAAGGGUCAGAGUCGGUUAAUUGCUUGUCUGUCUGAAUGUAUUUUAGCAGCAGAACAAGCAGUGGAGUCUGUUGCUGAUUUCUGCUCUAGAUACAAUCAGCCCUCACAUGGUUCUGAGUUCUUGCCCAACAAAGAGCUCGAACAAAACUUGGACAGGCUUCGUCGGGCUUUCCUGGAAAGAGACAGAUUUGGAGACCCUGGCACUGCUGACAUAAUCCAAAGCACUAUUGGAGUUCCCCCCCAGAACAAAUCAAUACAGCACACUUUGCAGGUCUUAGAUGCUGGGCAACAGAAGACCAGCACCCCGAUUUCUCAAGGGCAGCAGAACCAGGACAGUUUAACAUCACCGUGGAACCAGAACUUAACUGAAAUGUGGUGUACUGGGCAGGCAGGAACUACAAACCUGAACCUUCAUAAUAACCUGCUGGUGCUCCUUCAACUCAUCAAAGAGCAUGCUCAAAAGAUUCAGAAGCUGGAGAAACAAUUAAAGGAUGAGCAGAGGCAUGCUCUCAGAGAACAGGGUGGGGUUAAGACUGAGGAAGCCCAGGAGAGCCUCCUGAAGAUCUUGAAGGAGAAGCAAAAGGCGUGUCAGAACCUAGAGGACAAACUAAAGGAGAAACACGAGAUCUGUCAGAAUCUAGAGGAGAAACUAAAGGAGAAACACAAGGUGUGUCAGAGCUUGGAGGAAAAGCUGACUACUGCUCAGUCCAUCAUUGCACUGCAGAACUCGACUGAGAAAGACAAACACAUGGGCCGUCGCAGAGCACCCCAUGGGAAGCAGGAUGAUAAGGGGGUUCAGGUGGAUGCGCAGGACCUUGGCUACGAGACAAGUGGAAGGAGUGAGACGGAGGUGGAGAGGGAAGAGGGCAGUAGCACAGAUGUGGAUGGUGUUGCACGUUCGGACCCUGCUCUCUCUCCUGUUCUGAAGCGAACCCUGGCCGGAUUCUCCUCUGCCGAGAACCUUGACUCUGCAGCGUCCAGCCCGUCCUACCCCAGCUCACCUGACCUCAGCUCUCCACGACCCUGCGACUCCAGUGCUGACCCUGUUGAUCCUAACUUGGACCCUGCCCUACUUCGCCAGCAGCUCCAGCAACUAAGGUCGCAGGUUGAAGGUCAGCACAAGGUCAUCCAGCAUCUCCAGCAACUGCUGAGGAAGAAGUCUUUGUCUGCAGAGACUUUGAGCAUAACCUCGGACCCUUCAGGGAGACGAGAAGAGGAGGACAAGCAGGCGCUGAAGGCUCGUGUUGCUCAGCUCACUGUUGAGUUGGAGAGAGAGCGGACAAUGAACAGAAGUAGCCAACCAGCUUCUCCGUCCAAGAUUGAGUCUCUGGUGCAGUCUCAAGCACGAGAACUGUGUGAAUUACGCGAGCAGAUCCGUGUCUCCCGUGGCCUGGGUGUAGCACAGCGCAGGCAGCUGCAGGAGCUCCGUGGGGCUUUGGAGGAACUGUUGCAGCCCAGUGAUGGGCAGCCUGCUUUGGACACAACACUCAGACAACAGCUGGACCGGAGCCUCAGUCUGCUGGAGAAACUGGAGCAGGGAGACACUUGUGCAGAUAAUGAAGAGGGAGCGGGGCUGGAGCUGGCUCAAAGGCUCUCUGCGGAGCUGCAGGAGAAGGACAAGCUCAUCCAGCAGCUGAAGGAUGGAUUGCAUGGCCGAGCUGCAAGAAUACAUCAGGACUCAGACUCUGAGAUGAGUGACAGGAUCUCUAACGAUGGAACCGCCUCCUUUCAUGACAGUCCUCCCUCCCUCCGCACACAUGCCUUCAGCAGGGCGUCCACAGGUACAAAGGUCACCAAUGGAGUGAUCGUUUCCGAGACUGCCACUUCCCCAUUCCCAGGGAGUGUGUCUGGUCUAGUGGGCUUGUCUGAGGGGAGCAUCCGAAUGCUGCAGAGGGAGAAUGGACGUCUGCAGGAACAGCUGAGGAGCAGCGAAGAGCUUAAUGCUACACUGAGGAGUGAGCUCGACGUCACCCGCUCUGUCCUCACAAACGCACAUGGUCAAGAGAGCCCAUCUCCAGCACACACACAUGAUCAGAGCCAGACUACGGACAGAAAGCAGGAGCCGCAACCCCAAGUUCAACAGGAAUCAAGCAGCAAGUGCAUUAGCUCAGAUCUCUUGGCAGAACACCUGCAGGAGAUCCGAGCUUUACGUCAGCGUCUGGAGGAGACCAUCCGCACCAAUGAGAGACUACGUGAGCAGCUGGAGCGAAAACUGCGGGAGGCAGAGAGAGACCCGGCAGCUACUAACAUCUUUAUUGCUGGAUCAGAAGAACCAGCUCAGCUAACCAGUGAGCUCCACUUGCUCUUGGCUCAGAACCGCACACUCAAAGAACAGCUUAAUCAGGGUGCAAGAGAUAAACAGAAAGAGAAUGAUCGUCUGAGAGAGACUCUGGCCAGGCGCACGGCCAAACUGGAGCUGUGCAGAAAAGAGUGUGAAAUACUGCGUCAAGAACACGCACACCUGCAGGACAACCUUUACAGACUGCAAUGUGAGAGCAAACUCCAGAAACAGCAGUUGGCAGACACUCAGCAGCUCCUGCAGUCAGUACAAGUAGAGCUGCAAGUGCAUGAACAGAUCAAGAACUCGGCACACACGUAUACAGGCGACGAACAUAGUGGUUCUGACUGUGGUAAGGUGGAUCUGAGCGAGUUGUUGAAUGAAGUACGGAGACUCCGUCUGCAGCUGGAGAGAAGCAUCCAGACAAACACAGCACUUAGACACAAACUAGAGCAACAGCUUCUAACUCGCAAUGAUCCCCCAUCUACAAUCAACAUCAACUACCUACUGCAUAAAACAGAUGAAGGAGGUAAAUCAGGGGUGCAUCACACAGAUGCCUGCAGUGCCUCCCAUGAUAGUGGUAGCUCUGUGAGAAGUGGUUCUCCAGCUCCGUCACGGUUGGUGCCGGGUCAUAGGUUGUGGGCAGAUCGGCAUGGGCGACACGUUCUGGGCCUAAUUGAGGACUACAAUGCCCUCCGCAAGCAGAUCAGUGAAGCAAAGAGACUCAACGCAGCCAUGGACACUCAGCUACAGGAAAGCAACAGGAUUGCUGAAUGCAAGGCUUUGUCAGGGAGUGUGAACACUAUGCAGCAGAUGCUGGAGGAGGCAGGGAGAUUGUUGAAGCUGCUCUGGAGAGUAUCUCUACCGUCAGGGGACCUCACAAACAUGCAGCAGGAUGAGGUGUUGAGGAGUGAAAUCUCUCGCCUGAAGAGUAGGUUAUCUCAGCAGGAGAGGAUGCUGACAGGAGCAGUCAAACGCUUGCGCUCCACCAACCAGCUUAAAGAGGGCAUGGAGCGGAUUAUCAUUGACCAGCUCUCUUUGACUCAUGGAGUACUGAAGAAAGCCAGAGGAAACCUUGAGUCUAAUUAUCUCAGCGUUUUUGGGCUGAAAGGCCUACAGACGGAAGGAAAUCCCCCUGAAUCCCCAUUAGCCAAUCAGCCAACACAUUCUCCCCCUAGAGGCGCGUCCACACCACAGCGAAAUUCUUCCAGAAACUCUGUAUCCAGCGAGGAACGACACAGUGAUGACUCCUCCCACUGCAGCUGUUAGAAAUAUGUCAUUAUAUUAAACCCAUUGAAGAUACUUAAGCUGUCAAUCAUGACUGAACCCUGAUCCUUAUUACCUAUUAGUAGCUAAAUGUCUUAAAUAGAGAUUCUUCCUGACUCACUGCUUUUCUGUUUUUGAGGAUUUCCUUUUGAGGUUCUCACAGACAGUUGUGGAGAUCUGAGAUGAGUUUGCACAUUGACCGUGAUAUUGAGAUUUUGUCUGGCCUAUAAAAGGGAUUUUUUUUUAUUGUAAUACCUGGGGUAAAAAAUAAUGUAAAUAAUGUCUUUUAGUUUUGUAUUUAAUGAAUUUUUAUUUUUCUUUUAAUGGUUUUCAAAAGUUUUCCUUGCUCACAACCUUUUAGCUCUUAAUGCUGUAUUUUAUACUGCAUUCAUUUGAUAAGCACAUCUGUCGUGUGACCUGUAGUACUUCGCAGAUGCCUGAAGACUGUGGGAGUCUGUGCAGGAGUGGUACGGAUACAUUAAAACACCUUAUUAUUGA